AUGGAUUCUACACGCUCUUUUGGACGCUUCGUCGUCGCUUCGCUCUUUUACCUCGCUCCCGCCCUCGUCGGCGCCCAGGACAGCGCGGCCAAGGGCGUCGCCCUCCAGUCCUGCCUCAACACCGCCGGCGUCCGCAACAUCAUCAGCACCGACGCCACCUGGGCCGACGAGACCGUCGGCUUCCAGAAGCGCAUCAAGGUCGACCCGGCCGCCAUCUCGUUCCCGGAGAACAAGGACCAAGUCGCCCUCUCCCUCGACUGCGCGCGCAACGCCUCGGCCAAGGCCACCGCCCUCGGGGCUCACCACUCCUUCCAGGCCUACGGCUUCGGCGACCCGGGCAGCCUCGUCAUCAGCAUGGCCGCCUUCAACUCCGUCUCCUACGACGAGGCCACCCAGCGCGUCACCUACGGCGGCGGCUCCCACGUCGGCCCCGUCCUGAAGCACCUCUGGGACACCGCCGGCCGCCACUUCCCCCACGUCCGCGGCGCCCACGUCGGCCUCGCCGGCUCCAGCAUCGGAGGCGGCUACGGCUCCAGCUCCCGCCACCUCGGCACCCCCAUGGACAACCUCGAGUCCGUCGAGUACAUGCUCUACAACGGCACCGUCGUCAACGCCGGCAAGGGCUCCGACCUCUUCUGGGCCGCCCAGGGCGCCGGCGCCUCGUACGGCAUCCUCCUCUCCGUCACCACGAACACCCACAAGCCCCUCUUCGACAAGGCCGUCAACUUCACCCUCUCCAUCGGCAACGUCGACGUCGACGCCGCCGCCAAGGCCCUGGUCGCCGUCCAGGACUACUCCCUCAGCAAGGACUGCCCCGACGAGCUCGCCCUCCGCUGGAGCCUGAGCGCCCCUCCCUACUCCGGGACCGGCUACUUCUACGGCGACCCGGCCCGGUUCGACGCCGUCAUCGCGCCCCUCGUCUCCUCCCUCAACGCCAUCGCCCCCAACGCCACCGUCGUCCAGAAGACCGAGCUGCCCUUCUGGGACAUGGAGGUCGCCGUCGCCGGCGCCGGCAUGAACCAGCCCGAGGGCGGCUCCCUCGGCGGCCGCUCCUUCUACACCCAGGCCCUGACCACCACCACCGACCACCCCCUCACCGUCGAGCAGGCCAAGAUCCUCUUCGAGAGCACCACCCUGGCCUUCAACCGCACCGACCUCCGCAAGUCCGGCUUCCUCGACCUCUGGGGCGGCGUCUCCCGCGACAUCUCCGACGCCGACACCGCCUACGCCCACGGCAAGAACCUCUGGCUCAUCCGCUGGGAGGCCAACUCCGUCGACGUCAACAACUACCCGGCCGACGGACCCGCCUACAUGAAGAGCCUCAUCAAGCCCUUCGAGGACGCCCUGGUCGCCGGCGGCGCCCCCCUCCGCGGCUUCGUCAACUACGCCGACACCGAGCUCACCGAGGCCGAGUGGAGCGCCCGUCUCUACGGAGCCAACUUUGACCGUCUCAAGCAGAUCAAGGCCGCCGUCGACCCCGAGGGUGUCUUUACCAACCACAAGCAGGCCAUUCCUCUUCCUUGA